CCUCUUUUCAUCGCGCAUUAGUGCGCAUGCGCACCCAGGGCAGCACUAUGCUGUCAUGGCCCCGUUCAGAGAGGUAUUGUGCUGGGAGAGAUGUAUAAAAGCACCAUUCAGCAGUACACGGUUACUGAUGGACAGUUGUUGAUUUCAGGAUGAACGACAUGAACCUGAGUCCUGUGGGCAUGGACCAGCUCAGCGUGCCCUCAGUGAGUGCCAGCCACCUGGGUCUGCCCACCUCCCCCACACACAACCCCAUUCCCACUCCAGGCAUGCCAGUGGCUAUCCCCAGCCUGGGUCCUUCCCUGGGCUCCCUUCCUUCUGCCCUCUCCCUGAUGCUCCCCAUGGGUCCUCUGAGUGACAGAGUGAUGUGCGGCCUGCCAGAGAGGAACUACUCUUUGCCGCCGCCUCCAUACCCCCACCUGGAGAGCAGCUACUUCCGACACAUACUGCCAGGUAUCCUGUCCUAUCUGGCGGACCGUCCACCACCUCAAUACAUUCAUCCCAGCAGCCUUAACAUGGAUGGGACCCUGUCUGUGGCCAGCAACAAUCCUUCAGGUCUGGAUCCCUACAGUGGCCCUGGUGGCCCACUGGAGCAGGGCCUGGUGCCCAUGGACUCCAGACAGGUCAGUGGGCAGGGAGACCUCCACCAGACUGGUGCUCAUGAGCUGGACUCUACAGGAUUGGCUAUGGAGUCACGUGUCAGCAGCCCCAUGUCCCCUGACCGGAUGGGAGAAGAGCUGGCCACUAUGGACGGAGUCAGGGUGGUGGCGGUGUCUGACACCCAGCAGCAGCUCGGCGGGGGAAGGCAGCCUCAGCCACAUGAGAGCUUGACCGGAGUGGACUCAUCCGGUGGGGUUAUGCCCCUCCAUGGUCCCCCUGUUCUUGAACUUCCGGUGGUGAUGGAGCCAGAUCAUAUGGGGGGCAGAGUGGGGAACGCUGGGGGAGGAGGAGCAGGAGGACUUGGUGAACAGCUCCACCCAAAUGGGGAGCUGAACUCCGGAGUCGUCAGUGUGGCGCUCACCGGCUCCAUGGCCAGCCAGGGCCAACUGGAGUCAGUGUCACUCCAUGGACACUCUGGAAUGGGGCUGGAGGCAGUGAAUGUGUCUCCCAUCACUGCAGAGGUGUCUCUGGGGCCGGAAAACAGCCUGGUGCUGGUCAACUCCACCCUGCAGCUAGAGGAUUCUACCUCCAACAAGGAGAACAUGGUCACUGCCUACACCAUAUGGUGCACACUGUGUGAGCGCUCGUAUACCUCAGACUGCCCAGAGCAUGGCCCAGUCACCUUCAUCCCUGACGCGCCUAUCCAAAGCCGGGCUCGUCUCUCUCUGCCGCGUCCCCUGUGCCUGCGCAUCUCAGUGGCUGACGAACCUCUUGGAGUUUUUCCACGGGACGUCAUUCCUCCAAGGACCUGCUUUGGACCAAUGGUGGGCCAGCACUGUAGCAACGUGGAUCUUUCUGAUUGGCCAGAAAAGGACACACCACAAAUAUGGAAGAUGUACCACAACAAUGUGCUGGAGUUCUACAUUGUGACAACGGAUGAGAACGAGUGCAACUGGAUGAUGUUUGUCCGCAAAGCAAGGACCCGUGAGGAACAGAACCUGGUGGCGUACCCUGCCAACGGUAAACUGUUCUUUUGUACAACCACAGAGAUCCACCCGGACCAGGAGUUGCUCUUCUACUAUAGCAGAGACUAUUGUAGGCUGAUAGGUGUUCCUCAGGUGCCUGAGGGUCAGAUCUGCCAGUGUGGCAAAGAAUGCUCCUCCUUCUCUGAGCUCAAGUCUCACCUUGGCAGCCAUAACAGUAGCCACAGCCAUAACCAACCUCCACACAGCCACAGUCCAUCGCAGCAGGACCACUCUCAGCAACAGCAACAACCACAGCAGCAGCAACAAGAGCAACAACCACAGCAACACACUCACCAGGAAGAGAAACUGACCAAUGGGAACUCAAGCUCCUCCUCUUCCCCAUGGCUCUGCCACACUCACGCUGCAGGACAAACAAAUAGUGAUAACAACAGCAGCAGAAGCAGCAGUAACAGAAACUCUAAUAAUGCUAUCUCAAGAGCAAAAGGUCAGAGCCAUGUGCGAGAGAAGAAAUUCAAGUGCAGCAUGUGUUCCCGGGCUUUUAUCACAUCCACUAAGCUCAAUGUGCACUUCAUGGGGCACGUGGGGAUGAAACCUCACAAGUGUGAAUACUGUAGUAAAGCCUUCAGCGAUCCCAGCAACCUCAGGAUGCACCUCAAGAUUCACACAGGUCAGAAGAACUACAGAUGCACAGUUUGCGAGAAGUCGUUUACCCAGAAAUCCCAUGUGGCGUCGCAUAUGCUCAUCCACACAGGUGCAGAGAAGCACAAGUGUGACCUCUGUGACCGGGCAUUCAUCAGGAAACACGAUUUGAAACAACACAUGUUCUCUCACACACAUGAGCGUCGGAUACAGUGCCCAAAGUGCAACAAGCAUUUCCUCAAGACCAACCACCUGAAAAUGCACAUGAACUCUCACGAGGGCCGAAGAGACUUUGUCUGUGAGAAAUGCAACAAAGCAUUCCUGACCAAAUACCACCUCACCCGUCACCUUAAAAUAUGCAAAGGACCCAAGACGGAAAGAGUGUCCCGUAAGGAGCCGGAAUUGGAUGAUGAGGAAGAAGAUGAAGAAGAAGAAGAGGAGGAUGAUGGUAGGGGAAGAGGAGCAGAAAGACUCGUUGACUCAGCUAACAAUGAAGGCUGUGGUUUAGAUGUUGGAGGAUAUAAUUCUGAAAAGUCCCUGUCACCCUCUCAUUGAAAACACUAUGCCUUUUUGAGAUGUUUUGUUUAUUUAUAUGCAGUACUACAAUACUGAUGUUUACCUCUCAUAUCUCUAUUUUUUUUGCCAAAUAUCAAUUAUUUACAUACUCAUUUCAAUUGCCACAUUUUACAUUAUCAAAAUUUUACAACCAAUGUGUUUAGUCCCACAAAAAAGCAUAUCAUGCUGCUAAAAUAAUGUGUGUCAGAUUAUGCGAUAAAGAUCUGACUGUAUAUCGACAAACUCUUCAUUUAACUCUGUAAUAUUGGUUGUUUAGAUUCCUAUUAGCUAUCUUUCAUGUAUUUUUAUACAUGUUUCUUUUUCUUUGACUCACUCCGUAACUCGGAAUAAAUGGCUGAUAUUCAUUUGAAGUUGCACAAUAAUGCUAAUUAAAAUUUCUGAUGCCA